AUGGAGAGCUCACUAGAUGCUGAGCGACUGAAACGGUUGUUGAAAUCCGUGAAAGCGAAUGAGGUGGGUCCGAGGAUACUACACAACUCCAACGCGCUUGCGUUGAUGCUUGCGCAGACGCCGCGAAACCAGAAUCUGGACCGCCUAGCUCAAUUAAUGUUUGUGUCGAGUCUUGUGAGGUCGUCAAAGAGUUUUUUGUCGCAAUCUAAAAGCUUGACGCGACUCCAGCGUUUUUUAGCUGGGACAGCAAGCACUCAUUCAUCAGGAGCAUCGUCUUCUCUCACAGCAGUGUCGCCGAAAAUUUCCCAGAAAGAGUCACAAGGUUUUGCCAGACCGUCGCCAUUAUUAAGAGAUGGCGAGCACACUACUGUUGACGAGUUAUUGGCGAAAUACACGCGUGCAGAAACAUAUGUGCUGGAUAAUUUGGAGUCUGCGAUCUCUGUCUUGGACAAUUUCUACUUCCUAUCACGGAUGCUACGACUGAAAGACUCCAAGGCUUUUCGAUUGGUGAAUAAGGUUAUUGUUCAGACCUCCAAAGUGUGGAUGGUAAUCAUUCUGCUCACCAUGAAAAACUUAGCCAUACGGUACUACCGAGUAUCUAAGGCCGAGGUCCAAGUAAAGUCCGAAGUCAAUCAGCUACGUGCGCUGAGCGGUGGUGACUCCGCAAAUGGUAUCAUUCUGGGAUCAGUUACGUACGACUCAGAGAUGAAACUGCUGAAAAUCGAGGCUGAAAAGCUACAGAUCGUGUUGGAAAUCAUUGGAAACCUAAAUGAACUGGCUUUCUGUGUGAUUGAGGUGAUGGGUUUGGAUGUGCCGAACUUUGUGAACAAUACGCUAGGUGUUUUGUCAUGGAUUAUGAGUCUUUAUCGCAUGAGUAAGGAUGGAGAGAGCGAGAGCGGGAACCAGGAGGUUGAUGCGAUUUUACGGGAAUACGGGAAGUGA